GGCCGGCGAGGAGUCGCCGGGCGGAGUCUCUGCCGCUGCAUGGCCGAUGCCGACGAUGGGGUCGGCGACGCCGGCGGACGCCGUCACCGGCGGCGUCGCUACGUCGUCUACGCCGCGUCCGUCGGCAGCAUGUCUGUGGUGACGGCGAUGCUGGUGGUGGCUGUGGUGCUGUCGGCGACCCGCGGCGAGGUGUCUCUGGGCGGCAUGCUCUACCCCAGGGAGUCAGAGUCCCGCGAGGUGCGCUCCCUCGACGGCGUCUGGGACUUCCGGCUCUCCGACAACCUGCAGGGCUACUGGGAGCGCUGGUACGAGCACGACCUGCGCUCCACAGGAGAAGUGAUGAUGAUGCCGGUGCCGGCCAGCUACAACGACGUGACGCAGCUGAAGGAGGUGCGCGACCACGUGGGGCUGGUCUGGUACGACCGGCGCUUCUUCGUGCCGCGCUCCUGGCAGUCGCCCAACAUCCGCGUGUGGCUGCGCUUCGGCAGCGUACACUACGUCGCCCAAGUGUGGGUGAACGGCGAGCUGGCGAUGGCGCACGAGAUCGGCCACCUGCCGUUCCAGGCGUCGGUGACGGGGCUGCUCAAGUUCGGCGCCAGCAACCGGCUGACCGUAGCCGUGGACAACACGCUGCUGCAGACCAGCGUGCCGCAGGGCUCCCUCCACCACGUCGACACCGCAAACGGCACGCGGGAGUAUCAGUCGUACUCGUUCGACUUCUUCAACUACGCAGGCAUCCAUCGGCCCGUCCUGCUCUACACGACGCCCUCCGUCUUCAUAGACGAUCUCAACGUCGCCACUGACUACUCGCUCGACGGGACCGGCACGGUACGGUACAACGUGACGUACGCGGGCUACUCUAUGGAGGCACCGCAGUGCCGCGUGGACCUUCUGGACGUGGACGGCGUGGUGGUGGGCUCCAGCGACUCCAGCAACGGCCUGCAGGGCGAGAUUCGCGUGCCCGACGCGCACGCAUGGUGGCCCUACCUCAUGCACCCGCGGCCGGGAUACCUCUACACCUUGCAGGUGCGGCUGACGUCAUCGGAAUGGGGUACGGAGGACGUGUACCGGCUGCCCGUCGGUAUCCGCCGACUCGCCUGGGACAACUCGUCGCUACUCAUCAACGACCGACCUGUCUACUUGCGUGGCUUUGGCCGACACGAGGACGCUGACAUCCGCGGCAAGGGGCUGGACCUGGCGACCGUCGCGAAGGACCACAACCUGCUGCGCUGGGUGGGCGCCAACUCGUACCGCACCUCCCACUACCCGUACGCUGACGAGGUCAUGGACUUCGCCGACCAGCAGGGCUUCCUCAUCAUCGACGAAUGUCCCAGCGUCAACACAGAGAACUACUCUCCGGCGCUGCUGCAGAAGCACAAGGACUCGCUGACGGAGCUGAUCCGGCGCGACAAGAACCGGCCCAGCGUCAUCAUGUGGUCCGUCGCCAACGAGGCGCGCACGCAGCUGUUCGCCGCCGAGUCCUACUUCAGGGAGAUCGUGCAGCACGUGAAGAGCCUGGACCCGUCGCGGCCGACCACCAUGGCCAUCGCCAGGGGCUUCAGCGAGGACAGGGCUGCACCGUUCAUCGACAUCAUCGCGUUCAACCGUUACAACGCGUGGUACAGUAACGGCGGCCUCACGGAGACCAUCGUGCCACGCGUCGUGGCCGAGGCGGAGGGCUGGUACGCGAGGUUCGGCAAACCCGUCUUCGUCACCGAGUACGGCGCCGACACGCUCGAGGGCCUGCACCUGGAACCUGAAUACAUAUGGUCUGAAGAAUACCAAGAAGUGCUGUUCUCCGAACAUUUCAAAGCAUUCGACAUCCUCAGAGAAAAGGGUUAUUUCAUCGGAGAAAUGAUAUGGAAUUUUGCAGAUUUCAAAACUGCACAAACGUACACGAGGGUCGGCGGUAACAAGAAGGGUAUCUUCACUCGGGCGCGCCAGCCCAAGUCGGCAGCGCAUCUGGUGCGCAAGCGCUACUGGUCGCUGGCGGAGCGACUCGACGGAGCACAGCCACCCGCGGACACCCGCCGUUACGUCAUCGAUGCUCCCCCGAAAGACUCUGCCAACGCAGUGCGCCGCGAGCUGUGAGCUGAGUGCAGCCACAGACAGCCGACAGCCGUCCCUUGUUCCGUCCAGAAGCAAUACGGACAACUCUGCAAACACGCCGUCCGCCAGGUGGUGAGACCGGAGCAGUGUCCUCAGUUAACUGGCCGCUGUGUAUCACAUGCUGCAGACUGCUGCCUUGCUGUGGAAACCUGUACUUUCAAGUGAUAUUAACUUUCAGAAGCCAGUAUCUGUUGUCCCUUCACGGACAAACAAUGCUGUGGACUUCGUCAUGAUAGUUCUACAGAAAGAAUUGUGACUUCUUUUUUUUUAAAUUAUAAACCACUCUAGUCGACACUCAUUCCCAAGAACGAUUGAUCAAAAUCCCAUCGACUUAUCCCACUGUCAGUGAAAGAAGAGGAGAAGAAGAAGAAGAAGAAGAAGAAGAAGAAGUAAUUACUUCAUAGAUUUUCAUAUGUGACCUGUGUUCAUUGACAAUAGCAGUCUUUUUUUUUUUGCUUUUUUCUUACUUUUUUUUUUUUUUUAACUGCUGCAUCAUUCACAAGCCAUGUAGUUCCCUGCUGCAACUAUUUCACAUUUACAGUUCUAACAGGGAAUCAAUUCAGCUGACGUGCUUGUCAGAAUGUUCCCUGACUCUGUCUCUGAAAAUAUUGUUGGGUUAUAUGGAACGUUAAUGUAGAUUUAACCACAGUGGGAAAAUCAUCGAUAUUUUUAUGUCUCGCAGAAAUGAGACAUGGAUAACUUGUAUGUUACCGUAACUACAGAAUUUGUUUUCAUUUUUUUACUAUCACGUCACUGUAUAAGGAUGUCCAGUUAGGCCCAAAGAAUAGAGGUAUUCACCUGUUAGGUGAAACUCUUUAGCAUCUAGUUGGCAAUUGAUGAAGAUAUUGUACCAAAAGUGUGUAAGCUAGGAAAAGAAAUACUGCUGAAUACUUGAGCAGAGCUGGAAUACAUGAUCUGAAAUGUGUGGACUGUGAUGUGUGGGAGUUUUGCACAUAUGUUGGAAGACAGCAUCAGUAUCUGACCAUCAACAAGAAGAUAUGCUUAUACGAGGUGCGACAAUAAAGUAAUGAGACUGAUGUGAAAAAAAAUGUUGCUUACCGUUUUAGUCGAGUUUAGUGUUGUCUCCUCCAAAGUAGUUCCCCUCUGAUUGCACACACUUUUUCCAGCGCUUCUGCCACUGAUGGUAACAUUUCUGGAACUCAUGUUCUGUAAUAUCCUCCAAGACCCUCGUCACAGCUUUUUGGACAUCUUGUGUUGUUUGGAAAUGGUGUCCCUUGACUGCCGUUUUGACUCUUGGAAAUAGAAAAAAGUGUCACAGAGCGAUAUCUGGUGAAUAAGGUGCCUGUGGUAGUACCGAAAUUUGUUUUGAGGUUAAAAAUUGCUGUACUGACAGAGCAGUGUGGGAUGGCACAUUAUCGUGACACAGAAUCCAAUUAUCAGCAAUGUUGGUACGGACAUGAAGAACUCUUUUACGAAGUCUUUCUAAAAGAUCUUUGUAGUAAUAUUGGUUAACUGUUUAUCCAGGAGGCACCCACUCUUUAUGAACAAUUCUCUUGGAAUCAAAGAAGCACACAAGCAUGCAUUUCACUUUUGCCUUUGACAUGCGAGCUUUUUUUGGUCUGGGUGAUCCCUUUGAGUCACACUCCGAACUUCGGCGUUUUGUCUCUGGAUCUUACUGAAAAAACCAACUUUCAUCACCAGUGAUAACACGGCUCAACAAUUCUGGAUUGAUUUCUGUUUGCUCUAACAGCCCAGCUGCCACAUUUUUCCAUGUUUCUCACCGCUGUGGUGUGAGAUUUUUGGGGACCAUUUUUGCACAAAUCUUUCUCAUACCAAGAUCUUCAGUUAUUAUUAGACAAACCGUCUCUCGAUUGAUGUCCAGUUCUUCUGCAAUCAUUUUCACGGAUAAUCUUUGAUCAGAUCGUACAAAUUCAUUCACCCUGGCCAAGUUGACGUCUGCCCGUGAGGUUGAUGGUCGUUCUCUGCAGUCUUCACCUUCAACAUUCAUUCCGCCUUCACUAAACAUUUUAUGCCAAGAAAAACUUGAGCUCUUGACAUAACCUCCUCUCCAAAAGCCUUCUGAAGCUUACCGUAGUUGUCAUCACGUUUUCACCCAAUUUAACGCAAAAAGAAAUGGCAUGCCAUUGCACAGUAUUAUGUGGUUUCAUCUCUGUGACGAGAGACACAAACACGUGUCAACUUACUGCAGUACAACUCACUACUGAGCUGUUGCAUCGAUGUGCCGCUUGGAACAGAAGAAGCUUAUAGACCAAGGUCAAAGGUAUUGUGCCUACGUAAGCCUGCAGGGUUGCCAUAUCUUGCAAACAAAAUCAGUCUCAUUACUUUAUUGUCGCACCUUGUAUGACAGUAAGGUGAGGUGUCACCUCUCUCCCUGCAAUAUCUAAUGGACAUGCAUGAGUGUGUUACUGUAACAUGUAAAAACUUUCACAGCAGCAUUCAGAAGUAAGAUACUUCAUACAUAAGAUACUUCGUACUUCAAGGUGAUCCAUAGUGGAAAAUGUACAGGUUGGGGCAAAUAAAAAUGGCCCAGAGAACAGAGUUCCAGGGUACAAAGAGAGACAUCAGAGGAAAGGAAAUAUAGAACUAAACUGACUAUAGCAGAUGUUGAAAAUGCCUACCAUUCAUCUGUUGGCACUUUUGAGCCCUGGUUAGCAAGCUGCUGAAGAUGUAUAACCACUCAGGCUUCAUCAGACAUAAAGAACAGAGCCCUGUCUAACCCAUUCAUUGUUACGUCAGAGAACAGCCACUCAAAAACUGGAGGCACUUAGGGGCAUCUGCCAGUUUAAAUGCAUGAACAGACAGGCUUCAGGUUGAUGUGGUAGGACUCUGGUGUACUGCAGCCACAUUUACUGGUGUGUGGGCACAUUUUUGCUUGCAUUUUGACACAAACUUCUCAGCAAACAACUGAUCAUGACACUCCCAUGACUUUGUUGUCACACAACUUUCCACAACAAAAACCUGCUGCUCCACUGAGAGUACCAUCAGCCCUUGUACUCUCCUCCACUCACACUGACAUAGCCUGCUCUAUGCUCAGAAUCUGUGUGGAUCACAUGGCAGGUGUAGAGGUGGUAUGUGUGUCAUGAGGUGUGGUUAUAUGCAAACAUUCAUGACCAAUCGUAUCUACUCAUUCGAGCCACUUUUAUUUGGCCACCCUGUAUAUUCAAAUCUUUGUCGCUGCUAUUGCCAUUAGGGGCAACUUGUUGACCAUCCAUUGGGUUGAGUCUGAUUUUUAUAAAUGAAGUAUGAAAAAGUCUAGAGUUCUCCUUUGGAGAGGGAGUCUUUCAUAAGUGAUGUAUAAGAGACUGGAAGUUUCCUCUGGAAGAGAUGUCAUACUAGUCUAACAGUUGCUUUAAAAGACAGCCAUUCAUGGCAAGAGUACUUUAUCCUUGCCUGGGAUGGCUUGACACUGAUAAUACAGUGCUCUAGUUUAACAUACAUAGCAAAACAUAUUGAAAAAUGCAAACUUCCAUUGGCA